AUGACGCAGAUCUCAGUGGUGAGUGAUGGGACAAGCAUUCUUCAGUCACCUUUUGUGAAAGGACUCAAAGGAGUCAUUCAAGACAUGAAGAAUAAGCUUCUGGGCACUCACCCCAAGAAGGAGCCCAUGGAGGCGCUGAACACAGCGCAGGAUGCACAAGACUUCAUCUACAACCAGCACUUCACAGAGAAGAGCUGCUUGCUCAAAGAACUGCACUGCUUCAAGUCCAUUGCCAUCACACAAGAAAAAUUGGAAGCUCUAACACCCACUCCAGUACCCUCUGCACCCUUGCUGACUGUCCUUAUCAUUCAGGACCAAGAAAACCAGACUUUCUCAGUGAUCUUCAUUCUCUUGGGCUUCUCUGAAUAUCCGGAUCUACAGGUGCCCCUGUUCCUUGUGUUUCUGACCAUAUACACAAUCACUGUGCUGGGAAACCUGGGCAUGAUUGGCAUCAUCAGGGUCAACGCAAAGCUCCGCAGUACCCCCAUGUACUUUUUCCUUAGUCACCUUUCCUUUGUGGAUUUCUGUUACUCUACUGUUGUAACCCCCAAACUGUUAGAAAACUUGAUCAUAGAAGACAGAACCAUCUCUUUCUCAGGCUGCAUUAUGCAGUUCUUCUUUGCAUGUACAUUUGUAGUGACUGAAACCUACAUGUUAGCAGUGAUGGCCUAUGACAGAUUUGUUGCAGUGUGUAAUCCUCUGCUCUAUACUGUUGCCAUGUCCCCAAAGCUGUGUUCCUUUUUAGUGGGUGCAUCAUAUUCUUGGGGUUUAAUUUGUUCCCUUACACUUACUUACUUCUUGCUGAGAUUAUCCUUCCAAGGAAUUAAUAUCAUAAAUAAUUUUGUGUGUGAGCAUGCUGCUAUUGUGGCUGUAUCCUGCAGUGACCCUUACAUUAGUCAGGAGAUUAUUUUUGUCUCUGCCACAUUUAAUGAAAUAAGCAGCCUAUUCAUUAUUCUUACAUCCUAUGUUUUCAUCUUCAUUACUGUCAUGAAGAUGCCUUCCAUUGGGAGCCGUAGUAAAGCCUUCUCUACAUGUGCCUCCCACCUGACUGCCAUUAUUAUUUUCCAUGGAACAAUUCUUUUUCUUUACUGUGUACCUAACACAAAGGGUUCUUGGCUCAUGGUCAAGGUGGCCUCAGUGUUCUAUACGGUCUUCAUCCCUAUGUUAAAUCCCUUGAUCUAUAGUCUCAGAAACAAAGAUGUCAAGGAGACUUUCAGCAAGCUGGUGAGGAAAAGUAUAUAA